CCACCUCGUGUCCCCCCUCCCGAGAGAGGGUCCUGCUGAACCACAAGCUGUCCUCGUACAGGGACUACCUACAAAGUCGCUACAGAGCACGAGUAUCCACAUCAGCCACACAAUGGCCUCCUGUUCCAACAAACAAAGUCUUCAAACUGGCCAUGAUUCAGAAGGAGAAAAUACAGAGAGGAAGAAUCGACGAUGAAUUUGUUAAACUAACAAUUACGGGGAAAAUUGAUGACAUUUUACUUUUAAAGACUCCUGUUAACUUGACUAACAUUUUCUCUGAGAUUGGGGAUAGACGAAACUUUGUGUUGAUUGAAGGAGCUCCCGGCUCUGGCAAGAGCACCCUUGCUCUACACAUCUGUCAGGAGUGGGCAAAGGGGAAACUGUUCCAAAAGUUCGAUAUUGCAAUCCUCGUGAAACUGAGAGAUCCCCUUGUUAGAGAAGCAAAGACAAUUGCUGACGUACUUCCCUGCAUUGAUACGGCCGUGGCUAACAAGACAGAGGCAGUUAUAAAAUCACUGUAUGGCAAAGGUGUACUGUGGGUGCUAGACGGAUGGGACGAGCUUCCUUCUGACCUCCCUAGAGACUCAAUCAUCAACAAACUAAUUCGACCAGACAUGUCACAAAAAGGAGCCCUACACGAAUCAGCUGUGAUUGUAACAUCUCGACCAUCAUCUUCGGCUGAGCUCCACCCACUAGUGUCGUCCAGGGUAGAAGUGUUAGGGUUCACUCCACAUCAACUAGAACAGUAUUUUACCGAGUGUCUGAAUGGUGACUCACAAGCUGUGCAGACUCUACUGGAGAGAAUUCGAGAGAACCCAGUGGUAGAAGGUAGCUGCUACCUCCCCCUCAAUGCUUCCAUCAUCGUUAAUUGCUUCUUGUCUGAUAACCACUCACUCCCAACAUCCAACCACGGGAUAUUCAUAUCAGUUGUCCAGAGCUCUCUCAAGAGAUACCUCAAGGAGAAGUUGAGGAAGACCAUUCCAGUGGGAAACAUCACAUCCCCAGACUCACUGCCCUCGGAAAUCAGAACACAGACCGUACAAAUGUGUCAACUUGCAUAUCAUGGGAUUGAAAAAAAUAAAGCAACAUUUACUGACGGUGAUUUGGCCGCUCUUCACAUUACGAAGGAGAUUUCAAACGUUGGAUUAUUACAAACUGUUCCCAGCAUCAUUAGCGAUGGUGAUCUGGUUUACUACUGCUUUCUCCACCUGUCUAUUCAAGAGCUACUAGCAGCAAUCCACAUCUCUCUCAUGCCUCCCAAGCAACAAAUUUCUGUAUUCCAGAAGCUCUUCGGGAAUCCUCGAUUCAGUGCAGUCUUCCAGUUUUAUGCUGGUAUCACCAAACUGAGUACUAGUAGACCAAUCCUCAGUUUGCUACCUCGAUUCUUGUGUCCAGUUCCAGCCACUGUUUUUGAUCUGGUCAGAAAGGUUGUCAAAAAUAAGAAAGAGAAAGAUUAUGGUGAGCCGAAGCCCCUUUUGUUGUCCCUCAUCAAUUGUUUGUACGAAGCUGAAGACUCGCGACUGUGUGUGUUUGUGGCUAAUCUUCUUAAUCACAAUCUAUAUCUUGAUUACACUACAAUGAAUCCUAUUGACUGCCUCUCUGUUGGAUAUUUCGUAUCAGCUUGUUCCAACACCAGUAAUGGAUUCAUACUUAGCCUCAACAAUUGCUCUAUUGGUGACCAAGGCUGCAAAUUUCUGGCCCGAGGACUCUCCAAGUGUCCCAACUCUAAUAAUGAUAUUCCUACAGCAGGGAUACACAUCGCUGAGAUUAUCGAGAACAUUAGUUCAAUAUCUGAAUUGAAUUUGUCUGAUAAUGCCAUUGGUAACAGUGGGCUUAGCACACUCUGUGAUGCCUUGUCAACUAACACAUCAUUAAAGAGCCUGAACCUGACCAAUUGCUCACUAACAAUAUCAGACGACAAUGGAGCUGCCCUCUAUCAACUUCUGAAUACAAACAAUUCCCUCGAAUAUCUUAGUUUGUAUGGUAACACAGUGACUAGCUGUCGUCACAUUGCUGCUGGACUUGCAGUCAAUAAGACUCUGAGAACAUUGGACUUGAAUUCCUGUGCACUGACUGAUCAGAGUAUCGAGGAGCUAUCAACUGGACUGAUCAACAAGAUUAAAGCACUGUACAUAUGGGAUAAUGACUCAAUAACAGAAGAUGGAAUGAAGACGCUUGCCAGACAUCUAACCACCCACUGCUCUGAACUGACAGCAUUGUGGAUACCCAGACACCUAAUAUCCUGUAUCGAGACAGUAUUCAGGGACACUCACAAAGAGAGGAAGAGAAAUGGACUACCCGAGAUUUAUUGUGUUAAUUAGAUUAAUAAUUAAUUAUUAAAUUGAGAUUGAUUGAUAUUCAUACAGUUUUGACGAUUGAUUUUAUUUUCUGCCAUAAUUAUAUCACAAUGUCAUUAUAAUAUCAAUGACAAUUUGAGAAAAGUACUAUUAACCCUUUCCCGGCUUUAAUUAAAACAAAAUAAUACAGAAUAAAUACAUGUUUUUCUUUAAAAAUCCAUAUCUUAUGAACCGUACAUUGAAAUCACUCGUAACUAUUUCCUACAGGUAGCCCAGACCCCGGGGGUACCAUGACAUCAUCAUCGUUACCUAGCAACUGACCACCCCCAACUAAUUAGCGAUUGUUUACAAACAUUCACAAUUAUGUACACAAACAAUAUUAUACGAAGGCACAAAGUGACUAUAGACACUAAGUAAGUGUUCUCAAUGUUCUCACGGUGACAUAGUUCGAUCAGGAUCUGCCGAAACUUCUCUGCGAGGUCGUAUCAGCAGACGCCCUUUUCCCGGGAAACGUUCUUCACCUACACACACGUUUAUAAGUUCAAUGGUGGCUCAUGAUAUCCACUGCUGUACUAACUAGCCUAAGCAAACCUAUACUGAAGCUAUCCUGAAGCUAUCAGAAUACAGUAGGUUGUACAAAUGCUACUCUAGACUUACCAGAUCCAGAAACUUGGUCCAGCUCCUUCAGGCUCCUCAGGCUCUUUAUUUUUUAGCUUGAGGUAGCUUCCUACCUAGCUACGAUCCCAGUCACUGUCCUCUCACUCUACAAGGCCAUAAGCAUCGAUAUUCUCACUGUCUAGCAGCUCUAGAGCCCCACUGAGGUUGUACUACAAAGAUCUUGAAGUCAUCAUCAAACGGUCACUUUUCUUUCGACAGUACUGCACAAAGCGUACCUCGAAGCAAGAUGUUGAAAAUACCACGUGAAAGAGCAGCUCAAUGCGCAUGUGCUGGUACCUACAGUGUGCGCAUAGCUCCAACACAGCCCGCACAGCAAAUUUUUGAAAAAUCUCGGUCAGCUGGACAACAUAUGUAGUCCAAAGCCGGGAAAGGGUU